UUAGUGAAGUCCCAGUGCAGAAAGGGAGACCGCAACUAGCUGAAGCUGGAGCAGGAGGUGGAACAGCGCCAGCCAAUCGUACCGCAGGAACGGGCCUCGUCCGAAAACGGGUGGGAAGAGAAACGACGCUGCUGCCUCUCUGCUGGAGCGGUGAGCUGGGCAUGGACGCGUUAACGGAGCAGGACGUUAAGAAGUACCGGGAGGACGGGUACCUGGUGCUGGAGGGAGUCUUCAGCCCGGAGGAGUGUGAGGAGCUGCGGGCGAGGAUGAGGCAGAUCGUGGAGCGGAUGGACGUUCCCUCACACUGCCGCACUCAGUUCACCACGGACCACGACGAGCAGCUCAAGACCCAGAUGCAGGGAAAUGCAGACUACUUCAUCACGAGUGGUGACAAGAUCCGUUUUUUCUUCGAGAAAGGAGUCUUUGACGACAAGGGGGAGUUCACUGUCCCGAGAGAACACUCACUAAACAAAGUUGGGCAUGCUCUCCAUGCCCACGAGCCUCUGUUUAAGUCCAUCACUCACUCUCCUAAAAUCCAGACGCUGGGUAAGAAGCUGGGUCUGAUCAGCCCUGUUAUUUUGCAGAGCAUGUUCAUUUUCAAGCAACCAGGCAUCGGUGGAGAAGUGACUCCUCAUCAGGACGCGACCUUCCUGUACACGGAGCCUCUGGGCCGGGUGAUGGGAGUGUGGAUCGCUCUGGAGGACGCAACUCUCCACAACGGCUGCCUGUGGUUCAUACCGGGGUCGCACAACAAUGGAAUCACCAGGCGAAUGGUGCGGACCCCUAAAGGCUCGUUCCCUUUGACCGAUUUCAUUGGUCGGGAGCAGAUUUAUGAUGACGGCCUCUUUGUACCAGCACCUGUGAAGAAAGGUGGGCUGGUUUUGAUCCACGGUGAAGUCGUCCACCGCAGCGCCGAGAACACGUCUGACGCCUCACGCCACGUUUACACGUUCCACAUCAUGGAGUCUGAAAACACCUGCUGGAGCCCUGAGAACUGGCUACAGCCAACAGAGGAGCUUCCAUUCCCCUCACUCUACAUGUAAAACCAGCACAGUUAAACCCAAACUAUAACAGGCCUGAUAGUUUUGUUAGAUCUUCUUUAAGGGCAAGUCCACUGAUUUUUCAAAAUUACUAUGUGGCCUGUGGAAAAUUAACAUAGAACAAUGUGCCAGACACCCUGGAGUGUCUUCAUAACCAUUUCAUGUAAUAACUUUCUUUGUGGAAGCAUUUAGAGGCAUCAAGCUCUUCACAUCUGAAUGGCUUUGUUGACGUCCUCACCAUUUAAUCAUGCAGAAAUUCUGAAAAUCAGUGGGAUUCCCCCGUAACGCUUUAGGCUAAUAUUCAUGCGUAUAACAGUGGAAAUUGUACCGAAUCCUAUUUUGAAAUGAAAUGAACUGAAUGAAUAAAACUUCCUUUCCAGUUGUCCCAUUUA